ACAAGUUGCUUAAACGUAACACGUGCGCGUAUGAUGUGUUGGUGGUUGUUGCAACACGACUGAAGCGAUUGGAGCAUGGAGAGCAGGCGAUAAAAGUCUGAAUUCUGUGGACUGUCGAGAUUAUCUGAAUAUGUGUAUGAAUGUGGUGUUAAAAUCACUGUUUUGAUUUUAGGGAGGUGUUUGACCUCGUUAAAAUCUGCCAACGCCGGAGGAGGCCGGAGGCUCCGACAAGUUUGCAGCUGUUUACACGAAUGAAUGAAUUUGCCCAUUGACGACAAGAAGUGAUUUCCAAAGGAACCUCUGGUUGUCAGUUUUCUUCCGUCAAGUUUAUCACAUUUGGUCGGAGGACCAGAUGACCAAUAGCCGUGUCGACAAGAUGGGGGAUGACAGCGCCCUCCAGAGGAGUUUGAGGGAGAAGAACGACUACUUCAAGAAAAUGGUCAACCUGAUCCCUGCCAAAUAUUAUCUGGACAAAGAGACCAAGAAAGCUGGGGAGAAAUUCUAUAAAAACAUAAAAGAGGAGGCACCACGGCAAGAGUUCAAGGACAAAUCUACCAAACAGAGCCGAAAGAAGCAGCGAAUGGACCCUGGUGCGAAUCAGCAACUCAAGGUCACUGACCUCCAGGAUGCCCUGGCCGUUAAAGAGGCGGAGAGAGAGAAGAGGAGACAGGAGAAGAUCAAGCAGGAGGAGGAGGUAGCAGAAGAACUCAAGGCAGAGGAGGACAAAGAUGAAGAGAGUAGUGGAGAUGAGAUGGAUGGAUUUGAGGGAGGACUACAAGGUCUUGGAGACAGUGAUGAUAAGGACUGGUCUCAAAGGAAGGUUGCUCAGCCAGUGAGUGUUGAGAGGAUUCAGAGUAGUGCAAGUAUCGACGAUCUGAGGAGAAAAGUUCAGGACAAAAUUGAGCAGAUGCGCCAACAGAGACACGCCAAGUCACUGGCAGGAAAUGCCCUUAUGUCCAAGAAAAUGUCUAAGAAGGUCAAAGAGGAAAAUGAGAAAAAACUGAGGAAACAAGAAACCUAUGAAGCCAUUAAGGCGAGCAAGGAGCAGAAGAGGAAAGAAAAGGAACGACAAAGGACAGUUAACGGAGGCGGUAAUAAGGAGGAUGCAGUCGACGCACAAGAAGGUGAAGAUGAGGUCCCAGGACCAAGCAAAGUCUCAUUCAGCAAGUUUGACUUUGAGGAGGAGAGCAGAGGAAUGAAAAAGGGGGGGAAGAAAAAAAAGAAGAAGAGGAAAGCCGGGGAGGAGAAACUCAGUGGUCGGGACUAUGAGGGUCUCCUUAAGAAGGUCAAGGCUAAGAAACAAAAGAUUGCCGAGGUGAAAAAGAGCAAUCCGGAUGCUGCAGAGGAGAUGAUCAAACAGGACAAAUGGCGGGCGGCGCUGGAUCGCGCCGAGGGAAAGAAGGUCAGGGAUGAUCCAGAGCUCCUAAAGAAAUCGAUUCGGAAGAAGAAAGAGAAAAAGAAGCACAGUGAGAAUAAGUGGAAGGAAAGGAAGGAGAGGACGAAGGAACUGAUGGCGGAGAGACAGAAGAAACGUAAGACGAACCUGAAGGGACGGAAGGAUGCGCUCAAAACCAAGAAGGUCAAACGACUGCAGAAGAAGGGAAAACUGCUCCUCAAAGACUCGGACUAUUCUUAGUUCGGACUACGUUUAAGGAUUCCCCAUUAACAUUAACCCCCUUGAGUGAUUUACUAGAAACCUUCCUCACUCUUGCAUUAUCGAACACCAUGGUAACUGCAACACCCAAACUGUUGGACCCAUAUGUUAAGCACAAUCAGUUUAGUGCAGUACUUACUCCAACAGAAUCAAGCAAAACUUGCGGUUUUUAAAGGGUUGGGGUGGUUAGGGAUAACCCUUCUGUUGCUUAAGAGGUCACAAUCGGUCAAAAUUUUCUUCCUCACCUCCUGGCCUUGAUGAGAGAAUAUGCUGCACAAUGUGGACACCCCACACAUACUUGUCAGAGGAUUAAGGAUACUGAAUGGAUAAU